CCUGUGCUCAUACGUCCGGAAGUUUUCGUCGUAGUCGACUUCGAAAUUUGCUCAGCAAUGAAGUUCAGCAAGCACAAGAUUUCACGCUACAUCGCUAUCCUAGGAAACUCUGCCAAUCUGCGGUACCGAAGCAUGGUGCAGCCAAAAGUACAGUUGACCAUUGUUGGAAUCAGCGUGACGGAAAAGCGCUCUGAUGAACCCUACAUGGUGGAAGUAUCUGGCUAUGAAGCAACGAAAAACGUGCUUUAUGGAGAAACUGUAGCAAAGUUUAUGAAUUUCGUUGCCCAGAAAGCUUAUUUUGCCACGUCUGACAUUAUCAUGCUCCUUACUGGGAGAAAUAUGUCUCGAUGGAAUAAUGACAAACUCAUUGGAAAUUGUGGAGGUUUUGCAUAUCUCGCUGGAGCCUGUACAAAGUGGAGAGUAGGAAUGACCGAAGAAAGAGUUGGCAGCUACUAUGGUGUAUUCGUAUUUGCGCACGAGCUUGCACACAGCCUUGGAUGUGUACACGAUGGACAGGGUGCUGAUUCAUGGCCUGAAGGACAUAUAGGCUCAGCUGAUUGCCCAUCUAAAGACAGCUAUAUGAUGAGUUAUGAGUUCAGAGCACCAAACAUGUACAAGUUUUCUCCAUGUUGCCAACGAGAGGUCCUCAAUGUCUACAAUCGCCCUAGAUACGAAUGCCUUAUCUUGAAGAAUUCUGUAACAACAAGCAUACACUCCAGCAAGUUUCCUGGAGAGGUCUCAAGCCGGACAACAUACUGUCGGCAAGUUUACAGCCGUUACACCUAUGUGACUGCGGAUAAGAAAUACGACAUGAGGAAAUGCAUAGUAAGAUGUUUUAUUAACAAAAAUGGAGGGAACAUGCUAAUCGGCGCUGUGGAUGGCGUUCAUUGCGACAAGAAAAAGAUUUGUGUACUCGGCAAUUGUACUUCCAAGCCUGAAAUAGACAAAGCGGAAUAAUGCCUACAGGUGGAGAAUCAUUUAAAAAAACUUCCU